AUGCAAAUACUUUCUCUAAAUUUUUUAAUAUAUACCGUUGGCGGUAUAUGGCGACCUGUUGAGUGGUCAUCAAAUGGUGCCAAGCUGCUGUAUAACGUAUUUACCUUUAUUAUAAUAUUUUCGGAAUACUUUUUGAUGUUAACGCAAUUUUUGGAUAUAAUUUUCGUUGUCAAUAAUGUCGAUGAUUUUGCUACUAAUACUCUAAUGUUUUUGAGUAUUGUGGCCGUUUGUUGUAAAACUACUGUCAUUGUGGUACGUCGGAAUGCAAUCAUUAACUUAGUGCAAUUAUUACUGAAAGCACCAUACAAACCUCAAGACGAAGAUGAAGUAGCAAUACAAACAAAAUUUGAUAAAUUCAUCAGAUCAUGCUCGAUAAAAUAUUCACUUUUAGCAACAAGUUCCGUUACAGGUACUACGAUAGGAUCAGUAUUAAACGUUAUGCAAGGUCAUCUACCUUAUCGAAUAUGGCUGCCAUGUAAUUAUAAUGUAUCUGUGAUGUUUUGGAUUAUAUCCACUCAUCAGAUUAUAACUUUAAUUUUUGCCACUCUGAUAAAUGUUGGCACGGAAACGUUAGUCUUCGGAUUGAUUUUGCAAACGUGUGCUCAGUUUGAAAUAUUCGAAAAUCGCCUACAUAAAUUAAUAAUUAAUAAAACAGUCAAAUAUCUAGGACGCGCAAGCUCUUUAUUAAAUGAAGACAAAACAGAACUAUCGGAAUGCAUACGUCAUCAUCUCAGUAUUUACAAAUAUGCCAAAGCAGUAAACGUCACAUUCAACCAUGUUCUCUUCGUUCAGUUCUUUAGUAGUAUACUGGUACUAUGUACAAGUGUGUAUUACUUGUCAAUGCAUAUUAAGGAACUGUCUGCAGCUGCACCUUUAUUAGUAUAUACUAUUUGCAUGUUUGUACAAAUCUUCGUUUACUGCUGGUCCGGAAACGAAGUCAUGCUCAAAAGCAUGAACAUAGCAGACGCUAUAUAUCGUAUGAAUUGGCCAUUAUUAUCAACAAACGAAAAAAAAGGAUUAUUGAUGAUCAUGAUACGUAGUACAGUUCCUGUAAAGUUCACUAGUAGCUUCUUGAUAACUUUAUCCCUUCAGUCUUAUAGUAACGUUAGUUUUUUAUAUGAUUCAAACAUGGAUCCUUUGCGCUCUCAAAUAGCUUUGCAAAUGAAUCGUUUCCUUCUUAUACAAAAUGCCGUCGAAGAUAUCCUAGACGAUACAUUUGAUACGCUUUCUCGGCAUAUAGUAAACACCCGACUUGAAGUACUGGAGUCAAAUUGGAAUAAGUUUCAGGCAGAGCAUGACAGAUUAUGUAACGGUAAUUUAGGUCAUAUCGAAGAAGCAUCUUAUAUAAAGCACCGUACGUACGAAAGAUGCCAGGAAUUCUACGUCCACGCAAAAUCUGUUUUGCUAGAACAACAGGAACUGAUAGAAGCUUCCCACCCUUCUUCACGAGCAUCCGACACACAGAGAGUAGACACACGAUUCAACAAUCGACGAAGCAAUUUACCAAGAAUAAGUUUGCCUACAUUUUCCGGCGAUUAUAACUCCUGGCGCUCCUUUCACGAUCUAUUUAUGUCUAUGAUUGGCGGCAACGACGAAUUAACUAACGUGAAAAAAAUGCAUUAUUUAAAGACGUGUCUUUCAGGUGAUGCCGCCCGACUUGUCACUAAUUUGAAAGUCUCUGAUGCCACCUUUAGUAUUGCAUGGAAAACCUUGGCAACUCGUUACGAGAAUAAACGAGUGCUUAUCUCCGCUCAUUUAGACAAACUAUUAGGAUUGAAGCCCGUCAAGUCAAAAUCCCCGCAAGAAUUAAACACGCUCAUGGCUACAGUAACAGAAUCGUUGGGAGCUCUAGAAGCAUUGAACUGUAAUACAAGUUCAUGGGAUCCUCUCCUUAUCCAUCAGCUAUCUCGUCUGUUAGAUGAAGAGACACGCGUGGAUUUGGAGGAGAAGCUAGGAUCUUCUACAACUUAUCCUACUUUAAAAGAGUUCGAGAAGUUCGAGGAGAAUUGA